CACCGCCCCUCUGCCCCAGUCACUGAGCCGCCGCCGAGGACUCAGCUGCCUCCCCCUCGCUUCCCGACGCUCCGUCCCCCCCGCCCGCCUUCUCCCGCCGCCGCCUUCCGCAGGCCGUUUCCACCGAGGAAAAGGAAUCGUAUCGUAUGUCCGCUAUCCAGAACCUCCACUCUUUCGACCCCUUUGCUGAUGCAAGUAAGGGUGAUGACCUGCUUCCUGCUGGCACUGAGGAUUAUAUCCAUAUAAGAAUUCAACAGAGAAACGGCAGGAAGACCCUUACUACUGUCCAAGGGAUCGCUGAUGAUUACGAUAAAAAGAAACUAGUGAAGGCGUUUAAGAAGAAAUUUGCCUGCAAUGGUACUGUAAUUGAGCAUCCAGAAUAUGGAGAAGUAAUUCAGCUACAGGGUGACCAGCGCAAGAACAUAUGCCAGUUCCUGAUAGAGAUUGGACUGGCUAAGGACGAUCAGCUGAAGGUUCAUGGGUUUUAAAUGCUGUGGCUCUCUGAAGCUUAAGUGAGGAUUUCUUUGCAAUGAGUAGAAUUUCCCUUCUGUCCCUUGUCACAAGUUUUAAAACCUCACAGCUUGUAUAAUGUAACCAUUUGGGGUCCGCUUUUUACUUGGACUAGUGUAACUCCUUCAUGCAAUAAACUGAAAAGAGCCAUGCUGUCUAGUCUUGAAGUCCCUCAUUUAAACAGAGGUCAAGCAGUAGGCGCCAAUAAUGAUCUUUCAGCCAAGCCCAGAGCCCCAAGAUCACAGAAGGCCAUGCCUGGCCAGAAGCUCCUCGCAUCUCCCUCUGCACAGUCCCCUGCCAUAAGAGGAUGUCCUUACUUGAACAGCCCACAUGAAUCAGGAGAGGAUGGGGUAAGGCAACAACAGCAGCUAUGCCACUGGAGGGAGUCUCUGAUAGUAAAAAGAGCCCCUGGUGUCUAACCUGACAAGGCCAGCAGAAUGCAGAAAGGGCCACUUGCCACCAGGGCCAUCUUUUUAACCAGAUUUCCUAGUUAAGGGACAUUCAACAAUGUGAGGCCAUCCUAAUAUCAGUUAAACUUCUGACAAGGGAACAAAUACCAAACUGAUGCCAUCAGUCAUAUAGCUAGCUGUAGAGCUUGCAACCCACUAGCAGCAGCUGCCCAAUGCCAUGUGAAGGAACAAACUGGUUUUUGGUUUCUUUUCCUUUCCAGUUUAAUGUUAUGUGAUGUAUUUAAACCCUUAUUUAAAUAAAACUUGUUUUCAGAAAUA